AUGACUUCCCAGAGAAACUACUCCAGCAUCCGAGCUGGCUCUGGCUGCUCUGCAGGGAACCAGAAGAACGAGAACCGUCUGCUCCAAAGGGUGAAUAUUACGAGGAAUUUCUUAUCGGGAGUGAUUAAACAUUGGAAUGGGCUGCCCAGGGAGGUGGGGGAGUCAGAGGUGUUUAAGGAACGACUGGACGUAGCGCUCGGUGCCAAGGCUCUGGGAGUCUCUCCCCGGGCUCUGGGUGUCUCUCCCCGGGCUCUGGGUAUCUCUCCCCGGGCUCUGGGAGUCUCUCCCCGGGCUCUGAGUAUCUCUCCCCGGGCUCUGAGUAUCUCUCCCCGGGCUCUGNGCCCGGGCCCGGGUGAAACUGAUGAGGCUACUUUAUACCAUAAGUACCUUAAGUUUGAAUGCCCUGCACCCUCCUGUAGAAUUAAGCUGCUCUCCUUUGGUGAGAAACACAGAGUACUCAUCAGUAAAAUAAUUCUAGAAGUGAAAGCAGUGUCUGCAAAACUAGCAACUGAUUUUCCUUCACUAGGAUCAAGCAUAGAUCUAGACAGAGUGCAAAGUAUAAUGGAAUCCAUGGGAUCCAAGUUGUCUCCAGGUGCUCAGCAGCUCAUGGACAUGGUCCGGUGUCAGCAGAAAAACAGUUUCCCUCUUGGAGACAAACUCAGCUGGAUCUUGGGGAACAAUUCCAACUUUGGGCGUGACCGUGUAAUAGAUGGAUUGCGCAGUGCAGCUCUUCAGUCAUCACGGAGUCCAUCAGCCACUGAACCUUUGCCUGUUAAAAAUCAUUUAACAAGUGAAGCCAUGUAUAAAGAUCUAAAAAUAACUCGUGAUCUGAACUCAGAGGUACCUGAAAGAGGGAAUACUUUGGAUUCUGAAAGACUUCCUACCCAGCAAAAUGCAGUUGACCUCAGGAAUGAUUUGAAAGUUGGGGGAUCUUUGCAGGUGCAGCAACAAGCAGGUGAAACCCCAAAUGUGGCCAGCCCACAGGUGCUUCUUCCUUUUCUUCAAAACUUGUGCACUCAGGUGAAUCACCUUCGGCUCAAGGAUGGAGAGAGGCACCUCGGGAAGAGUGCAGUGGCUAAAGAGGAAGGUGUUCAGAGUGCUGGAGUGGAACAGCAGCCUAUUUGCUCCUAUUUGGAAAAGAUCAUUUCGAAAAACCUGGAUCUGAUGGAGAAGAAACUAAUGGACUAUAUUGACUGCCAAAUCCAGGCUCUUCAGACACACAUAGACAAUAAAAUGUUUCUCUUGAUGGACUUGGUUCAGAACUCAAAGCCAAACAAAAUCUCCCAAGCACACUAUGAUUCUAAUGAGGGGUUUUCUAAUGGAGAGAGGUAGAGGGAUUCAGAAGCAGGGUUUCAAUAUGAAUGAACACUUUAAGAGUAAUUACACUUUACAAAGCUUAGUAUUUAUGCAGUUAAAGCUAUAAAGAACCUCAGUGUUGUUAACUUGCAUUUUGUUACUGUAAUUCUAUCCACUGUUGUACACACUUGCUAGUUUUAUGAAAGAUCUUAAGAACAUGUGCUUUUUCCUAAAU